AUGACAAAUAACAGGGACUCGCCUUUGGCAGACUCAUCCUCCGACACGGAGGAGCCUGGUUGGGUGCCUUCUUCUCCCAACCACGCAGGACGUGAUAUGGCAGCACCCGGGAAUGCUGCCAGCGCGCCUCUGGCAGGAGAGAACUUUCAAGCCCGCAGGUUCCUCAGCAAGCUCUGGGAGAUCGUCGGCAGCCAUCACUUCCAGUCAAUCUGGUGGGCCGACAAUGGCAACUGCAUUGUCAUCGCAGAAACACUCUUCUGCGAGGAAGCGUUGAGGAGGAAUGUCUUUGGAACAGACUCCAUGGGAGGCUUCAUCCUCCAACUGCACCUCCAUGGAUUCGACACACUGGAGGACGAUUGCCCCAUCUCUAUGUCCGUGGAGGAGCUGCAGGCCAUAGUAGCUGCAGGACCUUCUCUGGGCAGGCUGCACUUCUUCUACAACCCCUUCUUCCGGAGAGAUCAGCCCGAGCUCCUCGGGCCGUGGGCGCAAAGCCCCGGGGAAGGAGAGCCAGCCCCGGCUGCAGCCCCACGCAGCCCCGGGCAGGAGGACGAGCGCCGAAAGAGACGAGCUGAUGCUCUGGUGGCGGAAGAAGAUAUGGAAGAGAACGGAUUCCAGAGCCGUGCAGCUGCCAGCCCCACAGCGACUGAGCCGUGGGCUGACCUGGAUGCGCCGAGCACCAGUGCCGGUCCAGCCCCAGCCAAACGGCGCCGCAAAGACAGUGCUGAGGAUGAGCUGGAAGCAGCUCUGGCUCCAUCCAUGGCUUCCCCACAGCGCCCCGCAGCAAUUAAACCAUGGGCUGACGCAGACGGACCGAGCGUCAGUGCCGGUGCAGCCCUGGGCAGACAGCACCAAAGAGACAGCCCGGAGAACGUCCAGGAGGCGGCUGUGGCUCCAUCCGCGCCUUCGCCCCAGCGCCGCACACCUCCUGCCCCACUGCUCUUCGGGCCCCCUCCACACCCAGACUGGUGGCCCGCUCUGGAUGCCGAACAAGUGCCAGGGGCUGGUGCCCUUCCAUUCCUCCCGCCGGCACCUCAUGCCGCUCCCGUGCCACGACCACAGCACCACCGAGGUCCUGUCUACCCACACUGCCCGAGCUGUUACUGCCCUCCAAACGACCCGACUGCCCGGCACGGCGAUGGACGUUGA